AUGAUUAACCCCGAUAUUCUCUCCAGAGGGGCCCCCUUUUCUGUGUAUUCCUACUGGGGUGGGGGGGGCCCCCAGCACGGCGAGCUGCAACACUAUGCUGGUUCUGCUGCUGCUGCUACUGCAGCAGCAGCAGCAGCAGCAGCAGCAGCAGCAGCACCCAAUGCAGCAGCAAAUUCAUAUACUCUUGCUGUGACAGACCAGGGAGACCUUCGACCUCGCGAUGGCGGCAAAGCAGCAAAAGAAAAAGAAGAAGGCAGCUGGGUUUACUUUUGGUCUCAACAGCAGCAGCCGGAGGGGCAACAGCAGCAGCAGCUGCCAGCAGUAAAAGCAGCAGCAGCAGCAGCAACGCCAGCAGAAGCAGCCGCGGCAACAGCACCAGCAACAGGAGCACCAGCACGAGCAGCAGCAACAGAAGCAGCAGCAGCAGCAGCAGCAGCAACAGCAGCAGCAGCAGCAGCAGCAGCUUGCAUUUGUUGUUUUAUUUUUAUGUUGCUGCAGAGGAUGGUUUCGGAGCUGAGCGGGCACUGCGUGGUUGCUGUAGCAGCAGCUGAGGGGUCUCUGGCGCAGACAAAAGAUAAAAUAUUUGUGUGGGGUGGAGGCAGCAGCAAGCCCUGUGCUUUGUCUUUGCAUCACAGCAGCAGCAGCAGCAGCAGCAGCAGCAGCAGCAACAGCAGCAGCAGCAGCAGCAGCAGCAGCAAAGUGGUGCAGGUAGCACUCGGUGAUUGUCUUUAUAUAUUACAGGACGACAACCAAAUUCUAAUUCGACCCCUAAACAAUCUUUCUGUCUCCUCUUCUGCUGCUGCUGCUGCUGCUGCUGCUGCUGCUCCUGCUGCAGCAGCAGCAGCAGCAGCUGCUGCUGCUGCUGCUGUUGAUGCUGCACACGUUACGCAAAUAGCAGCAGCACCAAACUUUCUUAUGGGCGUUGCUCCCGGCAGCUCAUACAUAGAUGAAGAGCAGCAGCAGCAGCAGCAGCAGCAGCAGCAGCAGGAAUACCAGCAGCAGCAGGAGCAGCUGCAGCAGCAGCAGCAUGUACAGCAGCAUGAGGCGGAAGCAGCAGCAAGAAAGAUAACUGCAGCAGCAGAAAAAUUAAUGUCCUUCUCUGAUGUUGUUUAUAAUCUAAAUGCAGAGCAGCAGCAGAAUGCUGCUGAUGAAAGGGGAGACAGCAAAGGGCGCACCAGGUCUGCCCCCCCCUACCGCCACACAAAAGCUGCUGCUGCUGCUGCUGCUGCUGCUGCUGCUGGUGGGGGUGCUGCAGCAGCGGGUACGUGCAGAAACAACAGCAGCAACAACAGCAGCAACAGCAACAGCAGCAGCAGCAGCAACAGCAGCAGCAGCAGCAGCAGAAGCAAAUCUCUUAGUGCUGCUGAGAUCAAAGCCGCCCGUGUUGCUGCAGCAGUCCAGCAGCAGCCUUGUCUCCGCAAGAAUGCUGCUGCUGCUGCUGCUGCUGCUGCUGCAGCAGCAGGUGCAGCAGCAACAACAAAAACUCACCGCAGGCACAGCCCACGCACGCUAGCAGCAGCAGCAGCAGCAGCAGCAGCAGCAGAGGGACCUUCGCGCCGUGCAGCAGCAGGAGAUGCAGAGAGAGGGGGAGAAAGCUGCUACGACAGCAGCAUCUGCUGCAGCAGCCACAGAUGCAGCAGCAGCAGCAGCAGCAACUGCAGCAGCAGCAACAGCUGCUGCUUCCACUGCAGCAGCAACGCAUGCAACAAGUGCAGUCCCGCGUCAGCUCCAGCAGCAACAACAACAGCAACAGCAGCAGCAGCAGCAGCAGCAGCAGCAGCAGCAGCAGCAAAGAUGAUGGACGAGGACGAAAUAUUCUCCACAGACACAACAGCGCAUGCAGCAACAGAAGAAGCACUGAGCCCGCUGCAUGCGGCCUGCAGCAGCAGCAGCAGCAACAGCAACAGCAAUCUAUCGACCCCUGAAUUUGGGGUUUCUGCUGCUGGCGUACCCAGAGGCGGAAGCCCCUCUAAUGCACACAAAACAGCAGCAGCAGCAGCAGCAGCAGCAGCAGCAGCAGCAGCAGCAGCAAGUGAAGCAGAGAUGCAUUGGCCGGCGCAUAUUGAUGAGCAGCAGCAAUUCACACCAAACAAACAAAUGCAACACACCAUCGAAGACAACCACCAGCAGCAGCAGCAGCAGCAGCAGCAACAACAGCAGCAGCAACUGGCGCACGUGCAGCAGCAGCAGCAGCAGCAGCACCUUUUGCAUAUGCAGCAGCAGCAGCAACAGCAGCAGCAGCAGCAGCAUUCGAUGCAUAUGUACGGACACAUGCAGCAGCAACAUCCGCAUGCAGGGCAGUUGCACGACAGGCAGCAGCAAAUGCAGCAGCAGCACCCGCUGCAGCAGCAGCAGCAGAUUCAUCUACAGCUGCAGCAGCAACAGCAGCAGCAGCAGCUUCAGCUCCAGCAGCAGCAGCAGCAGCAGCAGCAGCAGCAGUGUUUUGCUUCUUCGAAUCCACCGCUGGCCUCUGGCGGCCACCCAGCAGCAUUUCAGGGCUCUCACCCUUGUGCUGCAGAUAUGCAUGCAGCAGCAGCAGCAGCAGCAGCAGCAGCAGCAGCAGCAGGGGAUUGUGCUGCUGGAUCUAUGCAUGCACUGUGUCCCUUCAACUCUUGCGAUGGGCACCCAGGACCCCCGUCUCCACAGCAACAGCAGCAGCAGCAGCAGCAGCAGCAGCAGCAGCAGCAGCAGCGCGCUUGA